AUUGCUACAUACUCAAAAUGGUUAAGAACAAGGGAAAAGGUGGUAAAUCCAGAAGAAGAGGAAAAAACGAUACUGAAAACGAUAAGCGUGAGCUUAUUUUCAAAGAAGAAGGCCAAGAAUAUGCCCAAGUUACAAAGAUGUUGGGUAAUGGUCGUGUUAUGGCACAAUGUUUUGAUGGUGUCGAACGUCUAGCACUCAUUCGUGGCAAAUUACGUAAAAAGGUCUGGAUUAACCAAGGUGAUAUCGUAUUAUUAUCUUUACGUGAUUUCCAAGAUAACAAAGCCGAUGUCAUUCAACGUUAUAACCCUGAUGAAGCAAGAGCUUUGAAGAAUUAUGGUGAAUUACCCGAUACAGCCAAGAUUAAUGAAGCCGACGCCAGCUUUGGUGGUGAAGAGGAUGGUGACGAAGUUGAAUUCGAUUUCGAUAUCGACGAAAUUUAACCAAAAUCUCCAGUGUUUUAUAUCUCUCUUUUUGUGUUUACGUUAUAUACAAGGCAUUGCGUUUCCUCUAUUUCCUUUUCUGAUUUCAAUUCUCUUUACGUUUAGACAUUUUAUCUGAUACAAAACGAAAAUAAAAAAAGGAAAAAGACGAAUCUAGUGGUUGUAUUGUAUUUAUUAUUUGGAUUUGAUUUUAUUGAAG